UUCAUGAGAGCGCGGCGGCCGGACUGGCGCUGCCGGGGCCGAGGAACGAGAAGUUGCGCGGAGGCACAGCCGCACUCAACCCCGCGGCUCAGGUGGCGCGAUCGCGGCCGGUGUGUCCGCGGCUGGAACCGGAGCGGAGCGAACCGGGACCCGGCCCGGCUGCCGGCGGAGCGCGGCGUGAGUGCGGCCGGCGGGACGAGCCGCUCCGGCCGUCGCUGCACCGGCUCUACCGCUGCCCGGGAGCGCGGCGUCGCGGGACUCAGCGCCUGGUCCCGGGGCCGCCUCGGCCAUAUUGACCGCGCCGGGCGGGGACCGGGAGCGAAACUUGGCGGCCGCGAGAAGCUUCGUGCUGUCCGGAGACAUGCGAGGCCGGCUGAGCGGCCUCCCCUGAGCGGAGCCCACCUCCCCCCCCCUCCCCCUUCCGCCGGGCACAGCGCCCGCGGGGCCGCCCCCUCACCUGCCGGGGCAGCGGAGCGGGACGGGAGGAGGGGAGGCGGCCGGGCCCGCCGCCGCCCGCAGCGCAGCAUGGAGUGGAGCUACCUGUUGGCCGUCACCCCGCUGCUCGCCGCCGUGGCCCUGCUGCAACGCGCCAGCUGUGCCGCCGCCUCGGCCGCCGCCUCGUCGUCGUCGUCUUCGUCGUCGGCUAAAGAGCUGUCGUGCCAGGAGAUCACCGUGCCGCUCUGCAAGGGCAUCGGCUACAACCACACCUACAUGCCCAACCAGUUCAACCACGACACGCAGGACGAGGCCGGGCUGGAGGUGCACCAGUUCUGGCCUCUGGUGGAGAUCCAGUGCUCCAGCGACCUGCGCUUCUUCCUGUGCAGCAUGUACACCCCCAUCUGCCUGGAGGACUACAAGAAGCCGCUGCCUCCCUGCCGCAGCGUCUGCGAGCGGGCCAAGGCGGGCUGCGCGCCGCUCAUGCGCCAGUACGGCUUCGCCUGGCCCGACAGGAUGCGCUGCGACCGGCUGCCGGAGCAGGGCAGCCCCGACACGCUGUGCAUGGACUACAACCGCACCGACCUCACCACGGCAGCGCCGCCGCCCGCCAAGCCCCCCCUCCGCGGCUCCCGGCCCGGCGGCCCCGCCAGGGCGCCCCCUCCCGCCGCCGCCGCUCCCCCGGCCGAGGCUCCGCGGCCGCCGCCGCCCUGCGAGCCGGGCUGCCAGUGCCGGGCGCCCAUGGUGUCGGUGUCCAGCGAGAGGCACCCGCUGUACAACCGAGUGAAGACGGGGCAGAUCGCCAACUGCGCGCUGCCGUGCCACAACCCCUACUUCAGCCCCGACGAGCGCGCCUUCACCGCCUUCUGGAUCGGCCUGUGGUCCGUGCUCUGCUUCCUCUCCACCUUCUCCACCGUUUCCACCUUCCUCAUCGACAUGGAGCGCUUCAGCUACCCCGAGCGGCCCAUCAUCUUCCUGUCGGGCUGCUACCUCUUCGUGUCGGUGGGCUACAUUGUGCGGCUGGUUGCCGGCCACGAGAAGGUGGCUUGCAGCGGCGGAGCGGGGGCGGGCGGUGCGGGGCCCGGAGCGGCGGGGGCGGGCGGCGGAGCGGCGGCGGCGGGGGCGGCUGCGGGGGGACGCGGGGCGGCGGGCGGCGCGGCCGAGCUGCAGCCCGAGCUGGCGGUGGCCGAACACGUGCGGUACGAGAGCACGGGGCCGGCGCUGUGCACCGUGGUCUUCCUGCUCGUCUACUUCUUCGGCAUGGCCAGCUCCAUCUGGUGGGUCAUCCUGUCCCUCACCUGGUUCCUGGCCGCUGGCAUGAAGUGGGGCAACGAGGCCAUCGCAGGCUACGCACAGUACUUCCACCUGGCUGCCUGGCUGCUCCCCAGCGUCAAGUCCAUCACCGUGCUAGCGCUCAGCUCUGUGGAUGGGGACCCAGUGGCUGGGGUUUGCUACGUGGGCAACCAGAGCCUGGAGAAUCUGCGGGGCUUCGUGCUGGCGCCGCUGGUCGUCUACCUCUUCAUCGGCACCCUCUUCCUGCUGGCUGGCUUCGUCUCGCUGUUCCGCAUCCGCAGUGUGAUCAAACAGCAGGGCGGCCCCACCAAGACCCACAAGCUGGAGAAGCUGAUGAUACGCCUUGGUCUCUUCACCGUGCUUUACACCGUCCCGGCCGCCAGCGUGGUCGCCUGUCUCUUUUACGAGCAGCACAACCGGCCCCGCUGGGAGGCCACGCACAACUGCCCCUGUCUGCGCGACCAACAGCCCGACCAGGCCCGCCGCCCUGACUACGCCGUCUUCAUGCUCAAGUACUUCAUGUGCCUCGUGGUGGGCAUCACCUCGGGCUUCUGGAUCUGGUCUGGCAAAACUCUCGAGUCCUGGAGGGCCCUCUGCACCCGCUGCUGCUGGGCCAGCAAAGGUGCCGCUGUGGCCGGGGGUGCGGGAGCAGGAGCGGGUGGGCAGGCCGCCAUCGCUGCUGCUGGAGGACUUGGAGCUGGUGGAGGUGGCUCCUUGUACAGCGAUGUCAGCACCGGCCUGACGUGGAGGUCUGGCACUGCCAGCUCUGUCUCCUACCCCAAGCAGAUGCCUCUGUCUCAAGUGUGAGGAGGGGGAAAAGAGGCCAUAGGUUAGGGAAUGAGGGACACUGGCCUGCCUGAAAUGCCCCCUCACUGUUUGGUGCCAUUAAUGAACCACUAAUGGUCCUUAUUAGCCACAGCUUGUAUAGAACAAUGCAGCUGGCAGAGGCCCCAGGCUCCAGCCCCCUCCUCCUUCCCCUCCAUUCAUAUGCAGGGAGCAUGUACUUCAAGGAGCCAGCAUGUUAUUUUGCUGGCGGAGGAGGGCAGGGGCUCACCCGUGUCUUGCAGAGGGCAAGGCAGAGCGGCUCCUGAUUUACUCUGGACUUAACAGCAGCUCGUGGGAGGGAGGGUCUUCCUCCCCCAUCCCAAAGCUGGAGUCUGCUGGAACUACAGGUUUUUUUGGGUUAUCAACGACCAGGCAAAUGCCUUAUAACACAGACUGAAUCAAAACAUGUCUUAAUUAUACACCCCAGAUAAAUACGGGUUUCCUACAGUAAAGGAUGUAUUUAUAUAAUUAUUUGUUACCUUGUACAGAUGUGUAAAAUAUGUAUAUAUCCAAAGCUAUACAGUCUGUAAAUUUUUUUUGUAAAAAAGUUUAGAGGCUACCCCUGUAAGAGCAAAUAUGAGUAUUCUAUUUUGUCAAUAAAAUGACUUUUGAUAAAUGA